GUGGAAUCGAGCGCCAUUUUGUCAAGAACGUUGCGGUUCUGAAGUGAAUUAUGAUAAAAGAUAAGAAAUUAGAGGAAAAAAAUCAUUGUGGUUUGACUGCCUAAGAGCGAGACAGCGGGAAGUUGGAAAACGGGCUAAGGGCUUUCAGCAAAUGCCAGAGAAGACAGCCGCGUGGGCGGGAUUUGGCUUGGUUCUGUGUUAACCACGUGAUUGUUUCCGUGGUAACCAGCUCUUUGAGUUCUGAAUGGUGUGAUUGGCCUGUGGAAACAAGCAGUUUGGAUCCACUUGCAGAACAUAGAAUGCUGUGCUUAUUAUCAUCACCACCGCUACCUUCUCAAGGGUAACCACAGAUGGGCAAUGAAUGCUGGCUAAAGUGAUGCUCACAUCCCACGAAUGACUUCUUUUCUUGAAGUUGAAUCAAAAUAAGGAUCCAUUUUGCUGGAUCCCAGUUUUGGAAUGGAUUAUCACUGGAUUAGUUCUUCACCAAUUGGAGCCACAGGUUUUCUGACACCAAAGCUCAGUCUGAUACUUUUGAAGAUUAAUUGGUUACUAUUGAGGUGAGAAUCCUACAGAGGAAUUUCAAGACAGAAGCAAUGCUUUCGGGUGGAAUCUACAUUCUAAAAUGGAACUCUGAUCAUAAGAGAUUCAGAAGGCAAUGAUUAAGCUGACAUUUAAUGUUCAUUCUGGAGUUUCGCUUUCCCUUGAUUAUUUAGGAACUAUUCAUGCAGCUCUUUUCCUUCGUCAAGGUAAAAAUGUAUCAACUUCCUGUAACCAAGCUGGAAACUAUCAGAAAAUCCAGAAAGAAGGUGAAAAGGAUCCUGUCUGAUAUUGGUCUGGAAUACUGUAAAGAACUAUUGGAGGAAUUUAAAAGUUAUAAUCCAGGGGAAUACUACAUAAAAAACACAACGUGGAAUGACGUUUCAGUAUGGCAGCCAGUCAAAAGGUCGAAGGCUUACCGAACAAAACCAUAUUGCUGCAGUCUAUGCAAUUUUUCAACAAAAUUUAUUUCUGCUUAUAAAAGUCAUAUGCGAUGUUCCCAUGAGGAUGAGAUGGAUGUAGAACUGAUGACUAGUUGUCCUAAUUGCACAUUUAUCUCUCAUCAGAAAAGUAUGAAAAAACAUGUUAAAAUAUUUCAUUCUGAUUCUCGGAAAGUGUACAACACUGCCAACCAUGUGAAUACAGAUCAAAUAAGACCGAUUCAACCCAAAAUGUUUCAGGGUAAAAUAUCAAACCUAGUCCAGCCUGUUUAUUUUUGCAGGGUGUGCUCAUACAAAGAGGUGUCAUUGUAUGCCAUGAAGAAACAUGUUUUUCUUUCGCACUUUGGCAAUUUAUUAAAUAAUUACAUUGGUCAGGUGGAGGAACCGUUAUUACUUUCUGUAUAUAAGUAUUUUUGUAAAGGAUGCCAAAUGAAAAUGGUCACCUAUGAUGCCUUUCUAUAUCAUAUCCUGGAUAGACAUAAAGAAGUGGUAGGUCCUGUAAAAGCUACAAUUGGGCACAUAACUGAGCUAAGCCCUAGGCUGCACAUUGCUCCUAAGGCUCAGGGGAGCAAUGUUUCUCUGCCAGUACUCCCGAGUGUGAGAUCACCAGUACCACCACUUAAUCCCAAAUUAACAGGACAUGUGCUUUCCUGUGUUAAAUCGGCUGCACCAGCACAAAGUAUCAGACCAGUUGGAUCAAUAUUUCCAAGUGUGGCAUCAACAGCAAAUAUUACCUUACCUAUACCAUCAACUUCCUGUGUGAGAUCACCUGUGCAACAGGCUGUUAAUAUAUUGACACUUCCUCAAAAUAUUAAACCAGUAGCUUUGGGAUCAUUAAGACCAAGCAUGAGUUCUUUUCCUUUGCAAAACAGUGUUAUUCCAGUAACUGUGUCCACUGCUGGUCCUGGAGGUUUUCCAAAACCAGCACCUGUUAACCUUGUAUCUGCAACUUUUCAGGUCACUCAGAAUAACCUUACAAUCCGAGCAGUAAGUCCGGUCCUUCCUCAGGCGUUUUUGAUGCCACAAGGAUUGACCGUGGAUCAUACAGCAGGAGCUAAUAUUCCCAGAAAUGCCCUGCCAACUAAUUCCCAGACAGUGAGACACUUAAUUCAAAGCAACAAGCAUGUCAAUGGUGUACCUGCAUACACUCUAACCCCAGUUCAGUUUUCUUUGCCUGUUACUCCAGGUAGUAUACUGAGUAACAAACCUGGGGUGUUUUCUACAUCGCAAGUGCCACUUAAUAUUUCCCAAACAAAUACACUUGCUUCUGUUUCUCAACAACAAACAAAAGGAUUGCCUGCUGAAAUUGCAGUGAUGUCUGCAACUGGGGAACAGAAGCAGAGUGCAGCAGAACCUGCAGCUGCUGUCGACUAUACUACACAAAAUAUCAAGGCUCAACAGUGGAAGAGUUGCUCAGUGUGCAGUGCAUUGCUGCCACUGAGUGCUUAUGAUAAUCAUGUUGCAACAGCACAUAAAAUUGAGGAAUAUUCUGAUAAACCAGAGAAGAUUGUAGCCUGUGCUACUUACUUGCAGAGAGUGCGUGCUCAAACAAGUAAGUGUCUUUUCUGUCGAAGUUAUAUGGAUAAAAAUGUACUAAUGUCCCAUUUGCUAAUGCAUGGCCUGACUUGUUUGUUCUGCUCUCUGACAUUCCAUGAGCUCCCAAAAUUUUCAGAACAUGUGAAGGCCAUGCAUGCUGGAUUGAGAUUUGAAGCUGUUGAAAAUGUUAAAGAUGGAGUAUCAACUGUUCAUGAAAUAAAUGGUGGUAGUUUUAAUUUAACAGUUAAAUUGCCAGAAGCUAAAAUGGGUCCUAAUGAUAUCCAUUUAACACUUAUUCCAAACAAAAUGUCUACCCCUCAUGCACCUUUAGUAAUUGAGGUAUGCAGGCAAACAGAUGAAAUUAAUAUGGAAGAAAAUGUAAUAGAGCCCCAAAGUUCAAAAUGUCCCUUUUGUUCAGAACACUUUUCAAGCAUAACCUAUGAAAACCAUUUGCAAGAAGAUCAUCAUGUAGCAUCAAUGGUUCAUCCACUGCUGAGGAUACCGGCUUUCAAGUGCAUUCACUGUCUUGGUGUAUACACAGACAGCAUGACAACUUCAACAAUAUCUCUUCAUCUGUUGCGUUGUCGAGGCCUUAAUAAAAAGCAAAGUGAUAUUUUGUCGAAGAGUGGUGUUCAAUCAAAGCGUGAAUUUCCAGAAACAGCCACUAAGUGCAAUAAUGAACUUACAAAUGGGGGUAAGAGAGACUUGGCAUUGCCUUCUCCUAAACGAAUAAAAACUGAUGUGAUAGCAAAUAAUUUUGAUGCCUCCCCUGUGGCGUUAACUGACUCUGCAAACACUCCACAUUCUCCACCAUUACUGGACCCAUCUACAGUCUUGGCGCUAGUUCCAAAAGGCUUUGAGGAUCGCUCAUAUGAAGAAAGAAAGCUAUUCCUACUUGACUACUUUCACAAGCAGCCAUACCCCAGUAAUAAAGAAAUUGAGAUGUUAUCUUCAAUCUUGUGGCUAUGGAAAAAUGAUGUUGCCUUUGUCUUUGGCAAUAAGCAAAGGCUCUGCUUGAAAGCAAUGAAGUACAAACCAUAUGUGCUUUUGGGAUUCAAUAUGACUGAAUUAAGGAAAGUGAAGCACAAUCUCAAACUGGGUGAUCUUGGUACAAAUAUUUGACAGCUGCUAUUCCCAAACUUGCAUAAGGGGAUGAAUCAAUUGGAAGUGAAGGUAUGGGUGCUCCACCAGUUGACAUAAAUGCAAGGAGACACCAAUACUCAGACAAUCAGAGUACAAGAGCAAAUGGGUCAAAUGAUUUUGCUUUUAGAGGGGAGGUGUGCCUUUUGUUCUAAUUUGGCUAAAAUGUCUUAUGGCUGGAAACUAGAGGCCAAGCGGAACUUAAAUAGCAAUGUUUAACUUGAAUCCUACUUGAAGCCAAAAAUGUCAUGUUUAUUUAAAACCACUUAGUAUGCUGCCUAGUUACUCAGUGGUUUUCAGAAAUAUGUAACCUUGUGUAAAAGCAAGAAGGAAUUUGUUGGAAUUGGAUAACAAUGCAUGAUUGUGCUGUCGAUAUGUUGUUACAGAAUGAGAUUAAUGUACAAUCCUGUAAUGUUGUUCAACUAAGUUUAUGUACAAUUUACUUUGCCUUGCAUUUCAUGUCUUGUUUUAAAUUUGGUUGAUGUGGCAGUCUCUCUUCCUCUGGGGAUAAAUGAUUUUGAAUUAUUUUUUCACAGGAGGGUAAGAAAAUAGAAAUUUGGUUGUUCUUGAUGCAGAGUUGCUUCCGGCACAGGCCUUGUCGCUCUUUGCAUGAGCGUAAAUUUGCUCUUUUGAUAGUUUUUCAAUAGUUGUUAAUGGGAGUCGGAGCUGCUGCUUAUCUCAUUUUAACUCUUUCUAUCAGAACUUUGAGAUUAAACCUAUAAAUCACUAAUCCUCAGACCACUUGAACAAUCCCAUAUGUACUUCCCAUUACUGAUCAUUUAAUCUCUUAAAUUUUCAAUAUUUGUAUUUUCACAACUUUUUUAUUUUUCUUGAAUAUUUUAUCAUAGAUAAUUUGGGUAUUGAAUUUAUCUACACCUAUGAUUAAAAGAAAUCUUGAGACUGUUAAUUGCAUUGUUUUAAAAUCCACUUCUGUACUGUAAAGAAUGCACUGCUUUUGUUUCAACCCUCACUUGUCAAUCCUAAAACUUUUAAACAACAUUUUUAAAAAGGGUAUUGAUUCCUGCUACUGUAUGUACUGUCCACUGGGUAGCGAAUGAAUGUAUAGGAAUGGAGGAAAUGAUAACACGUGUCCUCUGAUCGCUAAACCACACAUUUAAAGUUUUUGGAAUGUAUGGUUAGCUUGUUAUUUAGGUACUGUUAAAGCAUGACUUUGAUUUAUCUUUGCUGAAGAAUGAUACAUAAAUCUUCUAAAUGUUGGAAGUUGUUUUUGAUUGAAGAUUACUUAUUGUGUUCUUUGCCUGAAAUACUUGUCAUUCCUGAAUACAGAUUUGUGGGCAAGAAAAUUAUGCUUACCAUUGUUCACACAAAACUGGUGGAUGCAUAUUGCAGAUGGAAAAGCUCCAUUAAAGCUGAUGUUAAUAUUCAUUUAGAUCAACAGCACGCCUGUCCCCUGUAUUUAAAGAUUCACAUCUGCAAUCUCUCUCUCUCGCCCCGCCCCCCCAAAAAAAAACUCCACUGCAGACCCAUUCUAUUAUGUGCUACCUUUAAAUCCGAGAUUAAUCUGUGGCUUCAGAAUUAUGUAAAUCUUGAGCUUCUUGUAGAGUCUUGAUAGCUUUACAAGGAUGUUUUUUUUUCAGUUACUAGAAAUUGUAUCUAUUAGUGUGCUAUAAAGGUAAGUUUGGAAUAGCUACAGAAUCUUCUUUUUCAUAAGCCCUGCAAAAUUUGUAUUGUAAUAAAGUUAGGUGCUAGUUUCUUUAGGAAAUGUUCAGUUCUGUCUCUCUUGAUUUUGUUUAAAUUAGCUUCUAAAUUUGCUCAGUUUGAGUUGUAACUUGCUGAAUCCAAUGUGCACUUUGUAGGAGCCUAUUUCUGACCGAGAUGUUGCACCGUGGAGCUUCAUUGUCACUUGAAGUUAAUGAUACUUAUCAGGAACAUUGCUGUAUGUUUGUUCCAUUUUUGUGAGUACUCUAUUUUCAGACAAAAACACUGACUUUUUACUGCCUUUGGUUCAUUUUUCUCUAGGUUGAUUCAUGAGAUGCCCUUGAUUUAGAACAGUGGAGGUCUUUGCAGCAGCAGGCAGUUGCUGGUCUUAAAUCAUCCCUGAUGCAAAAAGAAACAAAUUGCAAUUUGCGAUUUUCCUCUUUGUUUGUUUUUGCAAUACCUCCUUUUUUUUUCUUGACUCAGCAUUUUUCAAAUUAUAUUUUUCUUUCCAAUUUAUUGCCGGUGAUCUAGUCACAAAAAUGUGGUUUUUAUUCUGACCUCUUCAUUUGUGCCUUGAGGUCAAGGUGGAAAUGGACAACAGUGAACUUGUUGGGCCAAGUAACCGGUUUCCACAUUGUAGGGCUUUUAUGAUUUCUAUAAAAGUGGCAUGUAGUAGAAGCUGGCGAAAUCUGUUAAAUGUCCAUCAAAUGUUGACCAUCUAUACAUAUGUUAACUUCUUUUAUGCCAUAUCACUUGUAUUUUUAAAAAGCUAUUAACUUGUCUUCCUUUUCAGCAACUCUGCUUAGUAGAGAAUCUGAUUCAUAGUUCUGAGUAUGAACCUAUAGCCUGUGUAUCAUGUCAAUUGUAGCCAGCCGAUAUAUAGUCACAUCUUGUACUGUGCACUGUUUAGUUUGGAAUACAUAGGUGUGUUUUGGGGGGAAAAAAGGAUUAGUAAAAGGUGGUCAACAAGGUAAUUACCAGCUAGAACAUGAGUCCUUUUGUACAGACCAUAAUUCAAGUUAGUGCAUCUGUUAACAGUAGAAAAAAAUAGUGGCGGGGUGGGAGGAAAGAGAAAGAAACCUAUUUGGUAGGAUUUUAAUUGUUAUCUGAUUUAUAAAUAGCAUGUUUUCAAAUUGUCCUUGAUCGCUAACAAUUAAACUAUGGACAUUCACAGCUAGUUCAAUUAUACAAUUGAUAGAACUCUGUUCCUGUAAAUUGGGUUUUCAAAUUGAACUAUUUGCAAUGCAUUCUUGGCUAAUUUUUUAAUGUAUAGCCUAGAUAUUAACUCACUUUUUAUAGUGCAAUUUCUUUUCAUGUUUACAUGGCUUUGUAGCUUAAUGAUCUUGAUGUAUUUAUUGCAUUGUUAAUGGCUAAACUCCAAUGUAUCCUCCCUAAAAUGCUCAUCUUACAAUAGAACCAUGGAUUGUACAUGAUAAAUACCUAUAUUUAAAAGUUGUUUUUAAACAAAGAUUUAACAAACACAUUCUGUUGGUCUGAUAAUGUUUGUGUUUUACUUUUGAUUAUAUUUAUAUGCAGGAUAUACAUAAAGGAUCCAAAUAAUGUUUGCCCUUGGAAAGAGUAAAAGUUUCCCUUAAAUGUAUUUUGAGUUGUGGUGAUACUUUAAAACUGAGUUGGAGUUUGUAUCUCUGCUACUAUUAUUGCUUAUUUAAAUAGACAAGUUUUUUUGCAUUGUUAUAAAAGGUGCCUAUUACUGAGCGUCUAAGGCAUGUUCUAUUUGUAUGUCCAUUUACAUGCACUUCCAGCAUAUGUCUUAUAAGCUAGUUAAGUUGCCAUUUUUUUUGUUUCCAUUGGUUUUUGUUGUUGUAUGCCAGAUAUGAUUUGACCAGGUAUGUUCACAGUUUCUGCAUAUUCAGUAUAAAGUGUGUUUGUGGUCCAUGUGCUUCUGUGUUGUAUUGACAGGUUUUUUGUGUUGGUUUAGUGAUGUAAUUAUUUGUACAUAGUAAUACAAAACACCUUUUUUAUAAAAAAGGUUGUCUCUGUAUUUGUGCAGUGAUUUGUUUUAUAAAGUUACCCCCACCCCUCCAAAAGGCAGAAGACCUUUUUAUGAAGUAUUGUAUUAGGUUUGGAAUUUUUGACCUUUUUAUAUUCGUUCAUUGGUUUAAUUUUUCUCAAGUACAGAAUUAAAAAGCACAACGUUUUGCA